AGUGUCUGCCGCUGCAGUCAAAGUGUUGACGUCAACGCCUACGUGACGCAGUUGCAUCCGGAUACAGCUGAUUUAUCAAAAGUGCAUUAUACCGCUGGCUUUUUCACCGUAAAAUGUCGUGAUUUUCAUAACUAAUCAAAGAUCAUCAAUAAAUAGCACGAAGUAGUCGAAUGAAGUUGGAUCGAGGAGUUCCAUUAGUCGUUUCUGGGGGAUUUGUUUCGCAGAUUUAUCUAUUACGUGGGAUUAUCAAACACUGCCAGACACCGUGUGUCAACCGAGACGCUGUUAGACGCCAUGAUGGACGGUAUAUGUGAUAAUGCUGAUAUUCUCAACAGUGCACCGCCGAAAAAGGUUAUUCAAGCGGAUAAUAUUGACCUGUCAGACAAGUCACUGCAGGUGGAUAUAUCAGACGCACUGAGUGAAAAGGAUAAAGUCAAAUUUACGGUGCAUACGAAGACCACUUUACCAGAAUUCCAAAAAUCCGAGUUUCUGGUUGUUAGACAGCAUGAGGAGUUUGUCUGGCUGCAUGAUAGGUUUGAGGAGAACGAGGAGUAUGCUGGAUAUAUCAUUCCUCCGUGUCCUCCGAGGCCGGACUUCGAUGCUUCUCGUGAGAAACUCCAGAAACUCGGAGAGGGCGAGGGCACCAUGACGAGAGAAGAAUUCACGAAGAUGAAGCAAGAGCUUGAAGCGGAAUAUCUGGCGACAUUUAAGAAAACCGUGGCCAUGCACGAAAUGUUCCUAACGAGACUGGCCCACCACCCGGUCUUUCGAAACGAUCACAAUCUCCGAGUAUUCCUCGAGUACGAUCAAGACCUCUGCGUUCGUGGAAAAAAUCGGAUCGAAAUGUUCGGGGGACUCGUAAAAUCCUUCUCAAAGACGACCGACGAAUAUUACCUGUCAGCCACCGUCAAGGACGUCAACGACUUCUUCGACCAAGAAAUGACAUUCCUCCAGCAGUACCAUAGCAAUCUGAAGGAGGCGACCACUCGAUCCGAUCGUCAAACGAUGGAGCACAAGGACGUGGCCGACUCCUACAUAAAAAUUUCAACGAAUUUACUGCAAUUAGCGACCACUGAUUCCGGAAAACUCGAGAGAUUUCUCACUAAAAUUGCGGAGACCUUUGAGAAAUUACGCAAAAUAGAGGGUCGUGUGGCCUCCGAUGAGGAUCUCAAAUUAUCAGAUACUCUUCGUUAUUAUAUGCGAGACACAGCAGCGGCCAAACGACUGCUCUUCAGAAGAUUGAAGGCUCUCCACACUUACGAAACUGCGAAUCGCACUCUGGAGAAAGCUCGAGCUCGUAACAAGGAUGUUCAUGCGGCACUGGAGGUUGCAGAGGCUGAGAAAGCACAAACUGAGGCUUGUGAGAAAUUUGAGCAGAUGUCAGAAAAGGGAAAAGAAGAGCUGACGGAUUUCAUGACGAGGAGAAUAGCUGCCUUUCGUAAAAAUUUAAUUGAGCUAACUGAAUUGGAAAUUAAACAUGCCAAGGCUCACGCUGAAAUGCUCAAGAAGUGUCUCCUCUUCCUUCGGGAAGAGUGAUUCAAUUCUCAAAUAAUCCCAUCAAUAGGAUAAACGGAGAUAAAGGCGAUGGAGAGAACGGGGAGAGGUGCGUUUAUUCAAUACAAUAUGUAAAAUAUAUUUUUCUGUUACUGGCAAUCAUCAUCUAUGAUUAGAAUAAUGCCGAAAUGAUGAAGGGAUUUGUAGGUGCAAAGCGACUUUUUUACAAAAUAGAAUUUCUAACGAACGAAGGAGAAGAAUAUAGUUGAUAAAAACAAUUUUGCUGGUACAACUAGCUGUAAAGUGCUUUGAUAACGAAAGUACCAUUUCAUUAUGAGGAUUAAACAAUUGUCAAGAACGUAAUCUCCUCUUUUGCAUUAUUGAUACCAGUUUGUAUGAAAAAAAUAAUUCCACUAUGACGUUCUAAGAUAAAAUCUGUAUAGUGUUUAAGAUUAUUCUUCAUCCUAUUAUAUCAUUAUGUUAUUCUUUUUUUUUUAACUAGGUCUCUUUAUAUUAUUGAUAGAGAGAAUAUAUAUAAAUAUAUGUUAUGUAAAUCAUUCGAAUCUACUGCUGUAUUGUAAUAAAGACCAAUGGUAGAAUAUGAA